CCUCCAACCAAGUAAAUCUUCGCCGGAAAAAACAAAGAUGACAUCGGAGAACAGCAAGAUUCUGAUCAUCGGAGGAACCGGCUACAUCGGAAAGUUCGUGGUGGAUGCUAGCGCAAAGGCCGGUCACCCGACUUUUGUUCUGGUUCGAGAGUCCACGGUGGUCGACCCUGUGAAGGGUAAGCUUGUUCAGAGCUUCAAGAACUCCGACGUCACUCUCGUUUACGGAGAUCUAAACGAUCACGAAAGUUUGGUGAAGGCGAUUAAGCAGGUCGAUGUGGUGAUUUCAGCCGUCGGUAAUAUGCAAAUCCAGGAUCAAACCAAAAUCAUUGCCGCCAUUAAAGAAGCCGGAAAUGUUAAGAGGUUUUUCCCAUCCGAGUUUGGGACAGACGUGGAUCAUCAUAACGCUGUCGAGCCCGCGAGUUCAGCAUUUGCAGGGAAAGUGCAAAUUCGCAGGAAGAUUGAGGCUGAAGGAAUUCCAUUCACUUACGUCGCUGCCAACUGCUUUGCCGGCUACUUCCUGCCUACACUGGUACAACCCGGGGCUACCGUUCCUCCUAGAGAUAAAGUAACCAUCCUUGGCGACGGAAGUCCCAGAGCUGUUUUUAACGAAGAACACGACAUCGGUACCUACACGAUCAAAGCCGUAGACGACCCGAGAACAUUAAACAAGAUUCUUUACAUCAAACCCCCGAGAAACACUCUCUCUUUCAAUGAUCUUGUUUCCCUAUGGGAGAAGAAGAUUGGAAAAUCCCUUGAGAAAACUUAUAUUCCUAAAGAACAAGUUCUUAAGCUCAUUCAAGAGUCUGAAUUCCCGAUGAACAUUCUGUUAGCGAUCAACCACUCGAUUUUUGUGAACGGAGAUCUUACCAACUUUGACAUAAAACCAUCAUUCGGUGUCGAGGCUUCAGAACUCUACCCUGACGUGAAGUACACUACCAUCGAUGAAUACCUUAAUCGGUUUGUUUGAGCCAACGAACUUGAUCAACUAUUAUAUGAUUGUGGUUCUCUAUUGUCGUUGGUUUGGUUAUCUAAUGUCGUGCCGUGUGUUUUAUGUAAUAUUGAAAUGUCAAUGAGAAUGACAUUUUGACGAAUAAAUUUUUUGCAUAUAUGAGUUGCGAAUAUUCUCGCCUUUUCACCAUC